ACAAAAUCUUAUUUUGUCGAAUGCUAUAAUUAUUUGCAGGUUGGAAGUUUUACGCUCUAAUCAGACCAUUAUUCAGGUAUCAGCAUAUAUUUACAUAUAUACAAAGAGUUAAUUACCACUGACGGAACUAUCGAUCAGCUGUACGACCAAAACAAAUCGUUUAAAUGGAUUUGAUGGCUUACGUACCACAUUUUACAGAAGCGCCAAAUACAGAGCGUGCGCCAGUCAUUGAACAUAAGUGUAGGCAGCCGGUGGAACAGGAUGAGUUAAUGAAUCUGAUAAAAGGCAAUUCACUUUGGGCAAAGUUGCAGCGUUGGUUUUUAAGACAACGUAUAGUUUAUCCAAAACAUCCUUUAGCGCGUUUAUGUCUGAAAAGUACAACUGCAGUGAAUUAUGAAAUUUCAAGACAUCUUAAAUCCCAUCCCUAUAUGAUACAUCCCUUCAGUUCGUUUAGAAUCAUUUGGGAAUCUUUCAUGACAGUAUUCACGUUUAUCGCCCUUGUGAUCACUCCAUUCUCCAUCACGUUCUACUUUGAAAAAUACGAGAAUUGGCAUUUACCAACUGACACAAUGAACAUAGUAUUCGUAUGCGAUAUUAUAACGUGGUUCUUCACGGGCUACUACGACUAUGGGACAAAAGUUGUAGUUCUUGAUCCUAAAAUAGUAGCACGAAAAUAUAUAAGAUGGUUCUUUGUGAUAGAUAUUCUUACCGUAUUACCUAUAGGAGUAUUUGAUGUACUUCUACCCAAGGCAAUUUGGUACUGCUCCACGUUCAACAUGAUGAAGAUAUUGCGCAUUCGCAAUAUCAUCGUUUACUUUCGUAGACUUCACGAUGUGUACAGAAUAAGUUUCCAGGUGUAUAAAAUUUUAGAAACAAUCAUAGUUAUUUCAAUAGGUAUUCACUGGGCCGCUUGUAUGGAAUAUUAUGUUCCCCUAUCUGUCGAAAAAUUGGGCACGAUAAGUACACAGUCUUGGAUCAGGUCAAAGUAUUUUAUAAACAAAGAAACAACAUUCAAAAGGUACCUGCUAUGCCUGAAUCGUGCAAUUAUCGCGAUGGUUCGCUCUUCUCAUUAUUCGUCCAUUAAAACGCCAGAAGACAUCAUAUUGAACUUGAUAUUAACAAUUCUAGGAUUCAUUGGAAUCAUGUAUUUACUAACACAAUUCUCUCAGCUAAUGGCAACCUUUCAUAUAACUAUUAAGCGUCAUCUGAAGAUAAUACAACAGCUGCAAGAAUACAUGCGAUACAAGGAAUUACCGCACUCUCUGCAACGUCGUUUAUUAAUAUUUUAUCACUACCGCAACAAAAGAGGCUUCGAGAGAGAUACAAAAAUAAUAAACGAAGUUUCACCCUACUUGCGAGAGCAAUUAAUUCUGCACAAUUACUUGAGAUUGAUCGGCAGCGUGAAACUCUUCAAUCAUUUGCCAAAAACUGUGCUGGCACAGUUGACCAGCGCCUUACGUUCCGAGAUUUACAUGACCAACGAUGAGAUCGUUAAAGCUGGUACACGUGGCGAGGCUUUGUACUUUAUUUCUUCCGGUACCGUGGCGGUCUAUAACUCUACAGGCAAAGAGAACGUUCCGUUUGGUCGCUCCCUGUUUUGCAACGGCCAGGACUAGCCUGGUUCUUUACGGUCUCAACGCGAAGCGAAUUUGUGGGGCUUUUAGACCCGUGUUCUACGAGUGUGAAGAUAGCUGGCGCCAAACCUCCUUCCGAACCGUCGAUGUGACUGGGUCUAGGUGGUUCGUAGACAGAAUCUACCGGUGUCUCCCAGCUGAUAGCCAGAUCCAUUUUCGUCUUCGGCUCCUUGCACCCUAAAAUUGGUCCAUAACGUUUGUUCAAGUUCUUACGAUCGUUUUUAGAUACCUGUUCGCAGCAUUCGCAGAGCCUUCCCGAAGGAAGUCGACGACAGGGUCUUGGGCAGGGGUUCUUGAAUACAGAAUCGUGGACUUUGUCGGGGAGAGGCUGAUGCUGGAGGUUCUCCGCGUGAAGCCUCUUCGCCAGAGCGAAUUGAUCGUAAGAAGAUCGAUGCUGCUCGGGUAACGGAAAAUUUUUCUUCAUUUCUCUUCUACUAAAAGAUUCUGGUACACAUUUUCUCAGAGAGGAC